ACUCUCUCCUCCUCUUAGCUUGACUGGUGUCUUUUCUGCGCUCGCUUCUUUUGCUACGAUUUUCUGCUAUUUAAGAAUUUCCUCCGUGCUCCCCUGCGGUCUUUUCUUACCCAUUGCUCGUCUUCAUCCGGGCUGCCAUUCCAACUGCUUUUCUCUCCGUCAUUAACCCCAAUUCCUCUAGAUACCUUAUCGUCCUCCGCCUGCUACUUCCCAUUUUCGGCGCCAACAGGAGCAGUACAUGCAUCUGCGACCCGUACCCGUGAUUUCCUUUUCUCAAUCUCUCCAUUCGUUUCGCCUGCGGUUCGUCCGCUCCAUAAAAUGGCGGAGUACAAUACAACCCAGGCCGCGGCUCGUAGGCCCUCCUUCGCCUCCGACCAGCUCGAUCCCGCCAAUGACAAGGUGAAAUUGGACCUGGAGACGCAGCAGUCCGAAGGCAUGGAUUCCGGAUCCGAGGGAGACGUCGGAAGACAAAUUGAAUUGGAGGCCGGGAACUCGAUCAAGUAUCGCACUUGCAGUUGGCAAAAGACGGCCGCGCUGCUUUUCUCGGAGUAUAUCUGUCUUGCGAUCAUGUCGUUUCCCUGGUCCUAUUCCAUUCUCGGCCUCGUUCCGGGCUUGAUCUUAACCGUGUUUAUCGCGUCAGUUGUGUUGUACACGUCGCUAAUUAUCUGGAGAUUUUGCUUGCGUCAUCCAAAUGUCCGCGACGUGUGUGACAUUGGCCAGGUCCUGUUCUGGAAUUCGAAAAUUGUGUGGUAUCUGACUGCCAUUAUGUUCUUGCUGAACAAUACUUUCAUUCAGGGCUUGCAUUGUCUGGUCGGCGCCGAGUACUUAAACACCGUCACCGGUCACCCCACGUGCUCAAUUGUCUUCGCCUUGGUGACUGCCAUUAUUUCUCUUAUUUUCUCGCUCCCGCGUACAUUCAGUACCCUGUCAAAGGUGGCAACAUUCUCGGCUCUGACCACCUUCAUCUCGGUUCUGCUGGCCAUGAUCUUUGCGGGAAUUGAGGAUCACCCGGCUGGUUACAGCCCCGCGCUCGGCAACCCCAUAGUAACGGCCAUUCCUGUCAAGGGAACGACCUUCGUUUCUGGCGUGAACGCUUUCCUGAACAUCAGCUAUACGUUCAUUGGUCAGAUCACUCUACCCAGUUUCAUCGCCGAAAUGAAGGAACCCAGAGAUUUUUGGAAAUCAGUCACCGCGGUCACGAUCGCCGAGAUCAUUGUUUUCAGCUUGGCAGGAUCCAUCGUUUAUGUUUACACCGGCAACCAGUACAUGACUGCGCCGGCAUUCGGCUCGCUGGGCGACGAUAUCUACAAGAAGGUGUCUUUCUCGUUUAUGGUUCCGACCUUGAUCUUCCUCGGAGUGCUGUAUGCCUCUGUGUCUGCCCGCUUCGUGUUCUUUCGUCUGUUUGACGGAACUCGUCACAAGGGCAAUCAUACUGUUCUCGGAUGGGCUGCGUGGACCGGUAUCCUGAUUGUCCUGUGGGUCUUGGCCUUCAUCAUCUCCCAGGUCAUCCCGUUCUUUUCCGAUCUGCUCUCCAUCAUGAGUUCGCUCUUCGACUCCUUCUUCGGUUUCAUUUUCUGGGGCGUUGCGUACCUGCGGAUGAGACGCGAAACCUACGGACCGGGAUUCUAUAGGAAACGAGGCAUUCGCGGCUGGGCCGGAGCUGCCCUGAACGUCGGCUUGAUUGGAGUGGGGCUCUUUUUCCUGGGACCAGGCACCUACGCUUCCAUCGAGAGUGUGAUCUUGAACUAUAAAGCCGGAACCGUGGGAAGUCCAUUUUCCUGCGCCGACAACGGACUGUAACGAUUAGCUUUUAUGUCAUGAUUUGUUUUGUUCUUCACGUUCUUUCAAGGAAACGAGUGGGAUUUAAUGUUUGAUGUCGAACACCCGGAAACAGGUUGAGGGUGCUAAUGUCGAAGGGCUGGAGGCCGGGUUCAUCUGAUGCGGGCGAUCUUCCGUUUUCUACGCAGCGAUUUGAUCUCUUCAAACGACCAACCUUUAUUGUUCUGGGUCAAUACAAAAAAACCUUCUGUUCGCGAGCAUGAAAGUCUUCUGCCGAAAAAAGGGCUUGAAGACUAUCCCAGACCCAGGGGAAAUUCAUGGACGAAGACGCAGUUUGCUUUGUCCCUUGCUCGCAGCAGGUCUCGACAUUUAUAUUACUAUGGUAGAUCACUCAGUAUUCAUUAGUAGAUGGGUCUAGAUCACCGCAUUUGGGGACUCUGUCUAGGGUAUGAUGCUGGUGGUACUGGCCGAUCAACC